AUGGAGAGAAUAUUCAGAUAUCCAUAUCCAGUCGGGAGCAAAUCGAGUUGUACAAGAGGUUCCCAUAGGUUGAUAGUUUUAGCGCCACCUAUAACGUUCACUGUUUUUCAAGUUUCGGUGACUGAUGGUAUUCUUCGUUCAAGACCAAUUAUGUUUUCAUUGCAUACUGCAGAGCAAACAGAAGAUCUGAGUGUUUUGUUAAAACAUUUCAGAGAAGUUUUUAACAACAUUGACCAUACAUUAACCGUAACAAUAGACUGUGCGAUCUCGGAGCCUCAGUUAGUGCAACAUGCAUUUCCCACUGCUAGAAUGGUAUUGAGUUCAUCGUUUGUUAGAAAAGUCUUUAAACGAAAGUUUAAAAGCGCUAUUGCAAACAAUAUAUUUGGUAAGAUGACAUCUACAUUUUGCCCGAACAAAUUCAGGCAUGAUUUGCAAAGGAUGAAGAAAUUGGAUACUACAGUCUACUAUUAUAUCACUCAGGAUUGGGUACCGAUGAAAGAAAUGUGGGUACCGGCGUUUUUACAAGACGUUGUUACAUCAGGUACAAAAAUAAACGGUGCAGUCAAAGAUGUACACCACCGUGUACGGGACGCACUCAAAGAACAUGACUCCUUAGAAGACUGUCUGCUAGCUUUGCAUACAACAUCUAAAAGAAAUUGUGACUCUGGCACGCGAAACCGGCUUUCGUUUACUGAAGAUUUUCUGAACCAACUCACUGAUUAUGCUUCUGAAAAGACAUACGAUGACGUUGUGCGUGAAAGCGAUGUUAUUAUUGAGGAAGUGAAAACAGAUUCUGUAGUCUGUACGGACGAAGGGAAUUCCUAUCACGUUGAUAGAAAUGAGGCAGCAUCUUGUGAAAGUUCAUUUUUCUGUGGGACUGCAUACAGAUCUCAUAACCUUCAGUCACUGUCAACUGUAGCAGAAACAAACAAACAAGAUAAUAUGAGGAGCGCAGUAGCCAUCGCAAUCGAAAAAUUGAAAAAGCUUGAAGACUUGUUUGUGGCGGAAAGUGGAAGCAUCGCUUCAAAUUGUACACCAUCUACUUCCUCUUUAACUUGUGAAGCAGACGUUGCAUCUUCGAUCGUUGAUAAGUAUAGUACAUUUUAG